UUGAUGCACUGUUUUUUUCUGCCACUAAAAUACAACCGUGCAAUCUACAACCUUCUUUUUAAAAAACAUAUGAUCUCAUACAGUUUGUUACAGUGUAAUUACUCAUAAUUAUAGUCUUUCCAGUGGGCUAUUUACAGUGUAAAACACAAAUCACAAUGACCUUGUCACAACAAAAAAUCUACGUAAAUCAGGUGUCAAAAAUAAAAAUAAACUAAACUGUUGUGUUUCCUCUAGAACAUGCCAAUUCUUUAACAAACCAUUUAUAGCAUAUAUUGGUGUGGUCUUUUGUGACAAUUUAAAUGAGAAAGAAGGAAAUGGGCCAUUUAAGGAAACUUGCUUGUAUUUUAUGCAACUUCUGCAAACCACAGGCCAGCCACAUGGCUGCAAUAGUUCAUAAGGACUUUUUACCUACAGGUGAUAUCAAAUUCUUUGAAAAGAGUCCAGGCAGCCUCUGUUACAGAACAUAGUUAGCCUCACUGUCACACUCCAUCGACACCUGAGACGCCAAACAUCGCGAGAGUUGGUUUCAUUGGCUGCAGCACACAGUGACGCUGAUGGAUAUUUAAGGUUUAGCGGCAGAAAAUAACAUAUUUUGUCCUGAAGACUAGCCAGGGGGAGGAAGCACACGGCAAGAUUUACAGCGUUGUGAAGAUUCACCCCCUGCAGACUUGUUUACAAGCAAAAAGAGCACAAGACACAUGCCGUCAGUCUACACACUGUUGCUUCUGUUUAGGGUGUAGCACAAAAAGCUGCAGUGAAGGUCACCGCACCUCCCACAACCCAGAAGAGUGUGUGUGUGUGUGUGUGUGUGUGUGUAGAGUGAGUGUGAAAUUCCACAACCAAGUCCCAGAGAGAAAUAGCAGUUAACAAGUGCACGAGAGAGCCUUUUCUUUUUCUGCUCAACACCCUUGGAUGUACACCGUUUCCACAGAAGAAACCAUUAGUUUUUAAUUUGAAGUUUUUAAUUUGAAGUUUUUAAUUUGAAGAAAUAUUAAACAUACUUCUCUUGGAUAUACCACUGUAAUGCAUUUUUUGGGAAGAUGAAUUUGCGAUCCUUGUUGCAAGGAGGGACAAGUUAAAACGAUACAGGUUUUGUCCACCAUGUCAUGGAAAAGAAACUACUUUGCAUCUGGCAGCAGUGGGAUGCAGGGAAUAUUCACUCCACGGACCAUGACAUCAAUCGCCCCCAGCAAAGGACUCAUCAACGAGCCGGGACAGAACAGCUGUUUCCUGAACAGUGCUCUCCAGGUACUCUGGCAUCUUGAUAUCUUCCGCCGAAGUUUCCGGCAGCUCACUACACACAAGUGCAUGGAGGACUCGUGCAUCUUCUGUGCUCUGAAGAGCAUUUUUGUGCAGUUCCAGUUCAGCAGUGAGAAGGUGCUGCCUUCUGACGCUCUCCGUUGCGCUCUGGCCAAAACCUUCCAGAACGAGCAGCGAUUCCAGCUAGGCAUUAUGGAUGAUGCGGCCGAGUGCUUCGAGAAUAUCCUCAUGAGAAUCCACUUUCACAUCUCUGAUGAGAGCAAGGAGGACAUAUGCACAGCCAAACACUGUAUUCCUCACCAGAAGUUUGCCAUGACACUCUUUGAGCAGUGUGUGUGCAGCAACUGUGGGGCCUCUUCGGACCCCUUGCCCUUCGUUCAAAUGGUCCACUACAUCUCCACAACCUCCCUGUGCAAUCAGGCAGUACGCAUGUUGGAAUGCCGGGAGAAGCCCACUCCGGACAUGUUCGGAGAGCUGCUGAGGAACGCCAGCACCGUGGGAGACCUGCGCAACUGCCCGGGAAACUGUGGAGAGAAGCUUCGUAUUCGACAUGUGCUGAUGAACUCCCCAGAGAUCAUUACCAUUGGCCUGGUGUGGGACUCAGACCACUCUGACCUGGCUGAAGACGUUAUCCACAGCCUGGGCACCAUCCUGCGGCUUGGAGAUCUGUUUUACCGAGUGACAGAGGACAAAGCCAAACAGGCGGAGCUCUACCUUGUGGGUGUGGUCUGUUACUAUGGCAAACACUACUCCACUUUCUUCUUCCAAACCAAAAUACGCAAGUGGAUUUACUUUGAUGAUGCUCAUGUGAAAGAGAUUGGGCCCAAGUGGAAAGAUGUGGUAUCCCAUUGUAUAAAGGGUCAUUACCAGCCUCUACUGUUGCUCUAUGCCGACCCUCGAGGGACAACGGUGUCAGUUCAGGAUUUGGCUUCACGUCUAGACCUACACCACUACUCUAAAGCAUAUUACGACAGUGAAGAUUCAGGCCGUGAGCCGUCUAUUUCCAGUGACACACGAACAGAUUCUUCCACAGACAGCUGCAGCUAUAAACAUUCUCACUCUCACCAUGAGUCUAUGGCAUCCCACUUCUCCUCUGACUCUCAGGGAACCGUAAUUUGUAACCCUGCCAAUGACUCUGCCUCGCACAGCAGUCUGGAAACCACAGGUUCCUUGAUUGGCACUGAUCCAGUGCAGUGCCAUACUCUCAGAAAAGUGGGAGUCUUAGACAAGAAGGGAGGUGUUUUGGAAAGGAAACGAAGUGCCAGCAGGCCACGAAGAUUUGAGACCCGUGGUGAUUCAAGGAGUCGAUGCUCAAAGACAGAUGAGGUGUUGUCUGCUGGUUACCACAGCGAAGGUGAGACUUUAAAAGAGCAGCAGGUUCCUCGUUCUCUACCUAAACCCAGCUCCAGUAGACUUCGGGACUUCAAGGAGACUAUGAGCAACAUUAUCUAUAAGCGGCCACUUUCGGCAUCAUCCUCGGGCUCCAUGUGUCCCCCUGACUCCAUCGCUAAGGUGCGAGACUGGGAGGCAGACAGCACCAGCAGUGAGUCCAAAUCGAGCUCCUCUGGAGGACGCUACCGCCCGCCCUGGAAGCCUCGGCGCGAGGCCCUGAACAUCGACAGUAUCUUCAGCAGGGAACGCCAUAAGCAGGCAGGGUACAGUCCGUUAGGAGCUCUGCUGCCUGAAGACACUGGGCCUCUGGGGAAGUUGACGGGGCCCAUGAAGCAGACCACAUUUCGAGACAGGCCGGGACCCCUGGGAAGAGUGUCAGAGCAGCCCCCACGUCUCAUCCAGAGAAUGGAGAGUGGCUAUGAGAGCAGUGAGAGGAACAGUAACAGCCCUGUCAGCCUGGACAUGCCUGUUAGCGAGGGGACCAGUAAUGGCACACACAGCUUACGAGAGGGAGGGUUGAAAAAGCCUUCACCUAAUGUCAGCCAGUCAUGGAAGUCUGUCACCAAAUCCAAGAGCAGCAGCGCCCUACUGCAAGAUGUCAAAGUGUCAGUCAAGGGCAAUAGUCACAUGAGUUCAGCGGGCGAGGGCCGCAGUGAACUAGAUGAGCUACAGGAGGAAGUAGCUCGAAGGGCCAAGGAGCAAGAGCUACAAAGACGAAAGGAAAAGGAGAUAGAGGCAGCAAUGGGCUUCAAUCCCAGACCCAGCAAGUUCAUGGAUCUGGACGAGCUCCAGAACCAAGGGAAAGGGGAAGGCUUUGAGCAGUGUGUGUUGGAGGCAGAGUCUAUGUUAGACCAGUCUCUGAGACUGGAACAGGCAGGAGAGGUGGCCUCUGCUCUCUCUGUGGUUAACGAAGCAAUGUCUAAACUCAGGCAUACCUUGCAUGAGAGCAACACUAACGCUCAGGGCAAGAUGCAAAAGUGCAUGAGAAGAGCACGGGGUCUGCAGCAACGCAUGCAGCAGCAGCAGGAACUGCAGCAGAAGCAACAGGAGGAAGAGAAGGAACAGAAACAGGCUCCCAGUGAACAGUCUGUCCCGGUCGAAAUACUUCUGACAAAUUUUAACGAAGAGGAUGAGAAGGCUGUUUCAGAAGAUGCCUUAAGACCAACUUCACCUCUCCUCAUGAAGCCUCAGUCUAUAAUUAAACCUAUUCUUGAUGACCCUGGCCAUCCUGCAUCCCUUCAACAUACAGACCCACUCUUAAUGCAGCGGUGCAGUGCAGGGGACAACUCCAGUCCUGUGACAGAUAAUGGACCACACUCACACACAUGGGGUGCCAAAGACUCCAUCACAAUCACAAACUCUCUUGUACAGACUGCCAGUAAACACAGUUCUGCCACUGUGCCUGUGAUUGAAGUGAAUGGUUGUGAGGGUCCUCUACAGCACUCUGCUCUGCCCAAUAACACACAAUCUAGUCCAUCUUAUUUCAACAGUCAAUGCCCAACUCUGUUACAAAGUGCCCAUCACUCACCUUCCAUCUCUGAUUGCUCCAACUCUUUGGAUUGGCAGCAGAAGUCACCACAGCAGGCUUACCCUCAGUCUCUUUAUGGCCCAUCCAGUGCACCCAACAGCCAUGAUCAAAAAUCAAACACACUCAGAGCACCUCCACGGAGCUGGUCUUGCCGCAGUCUGGAACAACCUGAUCGGCAUCCAACUGUGAUGGAUUCCUCCCUCAGCUCUCCAGCAGACCCUCAGUCCCCCUUAUCCCCCUGUCCGCCAUCCCUGUCUUCUCCAGCACUGGAGCACUAUCCAGCCGGCCUCAUGCCUGUGGAGCGCUGGGCUGAGAAUGUCAAUCGAUACUACAAUUCCCAGAAUUCUGCGCUGUCAGGACGUGGCUCACCCUGUGAGGAGCUGUCUGAGCUGGAUUCGCUCUAUCAGGCCAGCUUGAAGGCUCCCAGCAUACCCCGAGCCCCACGAGGACCAAGUCCUCAACAUGCCAACAGAUCAGGUCCUGUUGCUUCUCGAAAGCACAUUGCUGGACUUUCUGCCAGUCUUGGUCGUUCCAAAACCCCCACAGCAGAGAUCGAGAGGUGUGCCUACAGAACGCCAGCAGACAGCAGUAAACCGGCUCAGAAGUCUGUUUCUGCUGCAGUCUGUGGUGCGCUGCGGGGUGAGGAUGAAUCAUACAGUGCAGAGAACCUGCGACGAAUUGCUCGUAGUCUCAGUGGCACUGUCAUUGGGGGACGAGCAGACAACGUACCCCCCUCUCGCAGCUUUGACCACCCUGUCUCCAGGAUGCCAAAGCAUGUGAACGUGCAACUCCCCACACAUCGCUCCAGCACCUCACUGCAUGUUUUACCCCCUUCUCCACACAAUCCUUCUAUAUUCUCUCACGAGCUGCAGCCCCAGAACCUUCACCAAAGUCGCCACCACCACCCCACCCCUCCAUCACACCUGCACCAGCAGACACUAAGGCCCAGCGCACUGGGGCCCUCUCAUGGACUAACAGGAGAUUGCCAAAAGGCCAACAAGUUUCUGGCUGUGCUUGACCGGGGUGAAGCGUUCUCCCGUGAAAACUACCACAGUGUUGCAAUGAGCUAUGGCACCCUUCCGCGGGCUUCCCGUAGGUCAACUUCAACUGGUCCCCCUGUACUCCAUGCUAGGCCAGAACCCUCGGUUGGCCCAGGGCCCCGGAGCCACCCAGAUGCAGCCUACGCCACACUUUCCCACCCUCACCGCAAUGCAACGGCAAGUAGGACAAUGGGUGGUUUUUACAGGCAGUCAUACCAACAAUCCAGCCAUGCUGCUUCAACCACCCCAUAUGCUAACCAAAACCCACAUCACUCCAGCCAUCAUCAUCCACAUUUGUCCUUUGAGCCGCCUGCCCAGCCGCUCCGUCUUGAUGUGCCCCCUGAGAGGGACUGGAGGACUUCAGACUAUAGGAUGGCUUCUAGAGACACUCAUGUCUUCCCCAGGCCAGAGCCAUGUUUUGGGUCGUCCCGUGGCCUUCCUGCAUAUCUCUGCGCUCUCUGCAAGCAGAAUCCAGCUGAGCCCUCUAGAAGCUAUUGCCAAACCUGCAGAGCUCAUAUGAACCACUACAGGAUGACCAGCUGAGUGAUGGAUUUACAUAUUGGAAUACACCACUGAUAUGCAACCUGCAAAUUAUGCUGUAUUUUAACACUGGAAAGAAAACAUCAACAUCCUAUGUUUUUAUUCUAUUGUAAACAUUUCAACUGCUUAAACAUUCAGUUCUGCAGAUAACUUUAGUUUAUAACUGGACACCAUCUCAGCACAAAGCAUCUGCCGCUGUGAAGAACAGAGCAUUUUGCAGAUAAAAUGACAUUAAGCUGAUGCGAACAAAAAGAAUAUGGUUCAUUGCCUGAACAUUGUCUGCUGAUAUACAGCUUCUGCUCCGUAUAUGCACAAAUUCUAUAAGUCUUGCUUUACGCUCCUUUGAAUUAGCAUUCCAAACUAACCUUACUUAGUUCUGUGAUUGUAAUUUAACUAUGUGAACACAAGUUUAGUGCACUUCAGAAGUUAUGUUAGAAGCGUCUCUCUCUCUGUUGUAACUUCUCCCAUUUUAAGGAAAACAGAUGUCUAACUACUUAACUUAGAGGGCUGUAAUGUAAGUGUGCAUCAGUAAUCCAAGGUACAUCAGAUUUCUGUGGCAUUUGUGUCUGUAUUAUUGUGUACAGUAUUGUUCAGCCCAACAGUAGCACCAAAAUCUCAUAAUUGUGAUGUUUUUUUAUUUUAUUUUGUGGUAGCAGUUUUUUGACUUUUUGAUUUAUACAGUAUAUUAUACAUAUAAAUGUUAAGUGCAAAAGUUUUUCAGGCUGUUAAGACUUUAAAGAUAGAUAACAAAACAACAGAACAUUCUGCAGUGCCUUGAAUUGUGGAAGGCAACACAACUGAGUAUCAGUUUAUUGAUUUUGUAGCCAUAUAAUAUUGAUUAUUACAAUAGUGUUAAAUUGUAGAAUUUCAAUUCUAAAUUAGUGGAUUUAACAUUUCCCCAACUGGAAAAUAAAUGAUUUAUUUUUAAUUUUGUAUUAUUAUUAUAUCUUGGAUACUGCAAGAUGAUACAUGUGGACUAAGAUAAUUAACUUAUAAAGUUACUAGUUAUGAAGUCAAGUGCAUUCAAAGUGUAAAGGAAUGUCUGUUAGCUGAGUUUGAAAGUGCAAAUGUGCCAUUUCAUGAAAACAAAAGUGUUACCGGCUCGUAAUAGUGGCCACAAAAUAAUUUUUUUGAAGCAGGGCCAAAAUUUAUUAAAGCUUUUCAAACAUGAUCGCUGAUUAGAGCAUGUCAAAUACCUCAACCAAUCACAUGCUCGCUUUUUUUUUCUUCACCAUAGCAAUUUUGCAUGUACUAUAAUUUCAUAAUUUAGGACCUAACAAUGAAUCAGAGUGAGUGAAUCCCACUGAGUGAAUUAUCUGAAACUUUCUUUGUUAUGCCAAUAUGCAGUGCAACACUGCCCUGGCAUGAUUAUUAACAAAACAUGAAUCUGUGACGGAAUUACCCUUUCCUUCCUCCUUUCCUUCUUUGAAAUUAAAAAUACAAACAGAUUUGGCAAAAAAACAAAAAAACAAGGCUGUGUUUAUAAGUGUGUACAGAUAUUUAGUCUUUGACUUAAGUACAGACAAAUUUGGACUUGUAAAUGCUAUGCUAUAAAAGAAACUUGUAUUUUUACAAUAAAGUUAUAUUGAGCUCCAGUCAGGAGCAGAAUACUAA